CGGGCGAACUUGAAACGCGUGGGUUCGCGGCCUCUUUGCCACGCGGUGCAAAACCACCUCCGCGCCAAAACGCCGUCACGCUUCUUUCGACUGAUUCUCUGUGACUCGUGAACCUGUUCGUUUUCGCUCGGAACUCGACGCUCUUAUAGUACCGAUUCGUCGAUUCGUUUCUCGUGGAGUUUGCGAAGGAUGUUAUUUUUCACCAGGAUCUUAUUGCGCGCGGAUGUCAAAAAGAAUUCCUUGAGAGUUGACGAAGACAAGAGUUGAAAGCCGCGCCCUUAUGCCUAUGUUAAUUUAUCCAUCAGUUUUCAAAGCAGAAGGUUUCUUGUUGCAUUGGUCUUACGUGUAUGUGGUUUGACAAUGAUGUUUGAAACUACCCACGAUAAUCGUUCGGAUAGAAAUCGUCGACCGAGAGCGCUGUUUUAGGGAAGAGGACGCUGAUCCCUCUCGGAUCUCGGCGGUGGCGGUGAAGCUAUUGACUCGACAUACGAGUCUUCUCUGUUAUUGUAGACAGCAACAGUAGUUUUCAGUUGUUUUCUCCCCUUCCCGUAGUGGUAUUAUUUUGAUCGCGCCAACGCUGAAACUCGAUUCCCGCAAACUGCUGGACUUCCAACCGAGAAUUCGAUCGCAGUCCGUGAAACAGUAAGACAGUGGACAAAUAAAGUUUCCACGUGGGACGCUGUGUGCGACACACGCUACGGAAUAACAAGAAGAAUAAUGCCUGGUCGUAGUACGAGUCACGAUUCCGUCGAGCGAUAAGCGACAAGUUCAUGGACGAACGCGCGAUGGACACAUGAAUCGAAGCCAUCAUGGGUGUGCUCCAAUUGAUCCCCCUGCUGCUGGCAUCGUCGCCCUACCUCGUUCAACCGAUCGAUGGUGCCAUUCGCGGCGAGAAACCGGCCAGCGAGGAGACUCGGAAUCAGAAUAAUGUCCUUUCUUCGGUAGCUGCACCUGUCAAGGAUGUCCUGGCGCAGACCGGCGGCAACGCUAUGCUACCCUGUAGAUUCACUGGCCCCGGAAUAGUAACUUGGAUCAGACGGAGGGAUAGGCAGCUGUUGACCGUGGGCAGAGACACCCAUACGAUCGACAGGCGGUUCGUGGUUGUUCCAAACAGUCCCGACUGGACUCUACUGAUAAAGAAUAUUCAGCACGACGACGCUGGAGUCUACGAGUGCCAGAUUCAAACUGAGCCAGUUCAGCAACGAUUCAUUCGUCUGAGCAUCACCGAGGCGUACUCCAUGAUUCCCGGUGGACCGGAUCUUCACGUGAAACAGGGAUCCAGCCUUCGCCUGGAAUGCCAACUAAUGGCCUCCGCGGAAGCGCCGAGCUUCAUUUUUUGGUACCGAGAGAAAAACAUGAUCAAUUAUGAUAAGGAGCCAGGGGUUAGGGUCGAGGCAACGAAAAACGGUUCCAUUCUGAUUGUCGACAAAGUGAAACUCUCCCACGGCGCUAAUUACACUUGCUUGCCGAGCAACGCCAAGCCAGCGUACAUCAUGAUACACGUGAUCGAAGAAGAGGAAAAACCGGCAGCCAUGCAUGGCGGCGAUCGACGAAACGGCACGCGCGGAACGUCCAUCAACGUCAUGUUGAUUUUUCUGACUUUUCUCGGUAUACAGUGCUCCAGCCGUCUUUAUCUGCAGCAGUACCACGUCACGUGACCAGCCCACCGGUCAACUUUAUCACCAAAUUAGUAACAUCCACGAGAAUUUGAACAUUUCUGACACCUUUCUCUUCUAUCUAGCUGUCACUCGUCUGACCCGUGUUUAUUUUCGCGGAGCGGCGUUGAAUAAUCGACGAUAUGCGCUUCGACGGAAGGCCGAAACGGCACAUCACCGAUAUACAGAGGCACGCUGCCUUCGAAAAAAAUAUCGCAGAAGGAAGACAAAGAAGGUACCUCCUCUUUUUGAAUCGAUUCAAAAUCUAUCAAACGUACACAAAAUUGGAUUUCGCGUUAAAGAAUGGCGAUCGCUUUCUCUCUCGAUAUAGACGUAAAUUGGCAUGCUCGUCGUUUGAAAUUUCUGGUUGUGCCACCGUGCCAGAGAUUUGUUUUCUGGAAACGUCUCUCUUGCGUAGUUCGGUCGUUGAGAUACGCGCGAAGUCAAACCGGUAAUUUUAUGCGCGCGUACACGGAAACUUGGUAGUUUAAUCUAAAACCGGAGAAACGACAGCUUGAAAUAACAAUAACCAGGAAACGGUAUCCGGUUUCGCGCGAAGACGGAUUCCCGUCUUUCGGGACACGGCCAAUUCAUAGCGAAGUUUCGAAACAGUUUCGAGUUUCGUAUCGCGGUUCGAGGAUACAUCAGAUUUCGUUGAGGCAAUUUGAGCUUCGACGGAGCACUCAACGCGCAAUUACGACAAAAGAGACUUUUGAAUGGAACUUUUCACGGCGGGGUUUCGAUCCUAAUGGCGAGACAAAAUUAAUUGAUCGCUCGAAGCUACUUCCCUGGCCGAGAUCCGCGUAAGAAACACAGGGCUGAAUUAAUUUGAGAGAAAUACGUUAACUCUAGCACUCCUGGACCCAUUCGCUAAAAAGGGUUACAAAUUAGAAGAAACGUCCUCGGUUCGACAACUGCUUUGGAAAAGGAAACAUAAAACGAAACCACCGAGUUACGAGACGACGAGAAAAUCAUUAUUUCUGUCCAAUUUAUUUCGUUCAGACUGAUGUAUGCGCGAUACGAACGCAAAUUCCUUUGACGAUCACCUGAGAAUUACAAUAACGUUUAUCUCGCACAUCGCGCGGAAGCUUCCCCGUCGAAGAGUUUAUAAUUACCGCGAAAACUGAAGGAUUCAUCUUUCUCACGAAGAUGCUAGGAAACUAAUUUUGUUUAAAGCGUAAGAGAAAAUUAGUUUGCUCGCGACUGUUCCAGAUGCAGGCAACGUUUUUACUUCAAUGUAAGAUAGUAACCUGAUGUUUGCUGUCAGGGACGGCUUUCCGUUCGUACUCAUUAGCGCAAGGAACGUUUAAUUAAACGCGCUGCAGUGUACGAGCGAGCUCGAGGCGCCACAAAUUUCUUUAGCAAUUAAGAGAAAAACGCGAAACAUUUUAUCGAAGCGAAUCCACCGACGCGGCGAGUGUUACGCGUUCGUGCUUUCUCCGGUUUCAUGUUUUUCCUCGCACAAAUAACCCGGAUGCCGUGUAUUGCGAGACAUCGAAUGGCAAGGUCCCACAUUCAUUCAUAGAAAAUACUGCCACGGUGCGACGAAAACGCGCCAAGGAAGAAUCGAAAGGUCCGACGUUCUCGGCUCGGUGUGAAUUUAAUCCAUUGAAAGACUCGAGGUAUGCCUCUUCGCGUGCUUCGCCGUUCAAGGAAUCGCAAAGUGAAUUCGAUAAACUCGAACGAUCCUUUAUUUGAACGGGUAUUCUAGUUCAGCUACGCAAAAACUAAAGCAUCUUUGGAAUUUUAUGAGACCAAGAAUAAUCGAGAUAUUUCUUUGGAACUUCCCAACGUUCUCGAUACACGUCUCGCUAAGUUACGUCAAUUUCUCCAGGGGAAAAUACGGUACGGUUUUAACAUUUUACGAAGACUCUAAACCACGAAAAACAGUAAAGAAAAGAAUUGUUUUUUCCAAAAUACUGGACUAGAAUAUCACCUUAACAGGAUAGCUCGCAAAUCGACCACACCGGUGCGAAUGAAAACUCACACACGGCCGCAAAUGCCGGGCAUGGUUUUUCACGAACCUUUUCAUGUAAAUACUGGCCGCCAUUGUCUUAAAUUUCUUUCAACGCGCUGGCCCCACGUUGCCACCGACGAUUUUACCUUUUGUCGAGCAAACGAUUGUACUCCGGAACCGCGUGACCACUUCAAUUAACAUUUCAACCCCUCCGUGGAAAGUUACAAUCAGAAAUUCGGUGUCUGGCUGGGAAACGGGCGAGAUUGCGUCCACCAUCUCCGUACUCCGAGGUGUAUCUCGAAAACUGUCGCUCAAUUUCAAGUUCUCGGUGCUUUUUGUUGGCGAAAACGUGAAAUCAGCACGACGGUACGCACAAUACGGUCGACAGCGAAAAUUCCGCUCGUGGAAGGACCGAAGGAUACGUCGAUUCUUCGGUGAACGAUUACGAAGUACAAUCGUCGUUCGUCGCACAUACUAUUCAAGGGGAUGAACCGAUAAGAAGCGUUUUAUCGACUUACGAAAACAAUCAAUGUUUCCAGGCAACGCUAAAAUGCUCACUCGAUGUGUUAAUGUGAUCAGUGUAUAUACAUGUAUGUUAAUUAUAAGUGCGUAAGUGCGUGUAAGAAAAAACGUUCCACAAGGUACAAGAAUUUUGCCGUAUCCUUUUACAUCCAAUGAAAUAUUGCACAUUUUAUCCAACCAGUGUACACGUUUCUACCUAGAUUAACAAUUUAUCAACAAAGACUUGUCGUUUAACACUUACAAAUCGAUGUGCUCGCUAUCUAUAGCGUUAUAAGAUUCUUGCUAGCUGAAGUUUAAUAUUCAGAAUUACAUUAAUUCAGAGCCGGUGCUAGAAUUACUAGCGUCCCUUCAAAUUAUACGCAAAUAAAACAUCCAUUUAUACGUCAAAAAAGUAUUCAGCUAUGGAUAGGACGUUCUUUCGAAGUUCUUUCGAAACCGGCCCUGUAUUAAUCGACGCCCGUAGAUUAAUUAAUUUAAUAACAAUAUAGAUGAAUUUCAAUAUAUACGUUUAAGUAUGUUUCUUUUCGUCGUCUCUCGAUGAUUGUGUAAAUUGUAGGAGUAUAGUUGAGAAAUAGAACAAUGAGUUACGUUUUCAUCCUCA